UGUCCUUACACUAAACAUGCAAAUGUUUUGUUAAUUCAUAUUUUUAUUUUUGAAUACCUCAAACAUGGGGCAUAGGUUUGUUUUAAUUAGUUUCUUUACAAUUUGUAUAGUUAUUGUGUACGGUAAAUACCACAAACGCGAUGAUCAUUUCGAUAGCUUGGAGAGCUCAUCGUUAGGGUCUGACAGCACAGAGUUCUUCCCCGAAGGAUCUAAAGGGUUUUCGAAAAAAAAAAUUAGUGCACAUGUAAAAAGUGUUAACGGAACAAGGAGAAGUGGCGCAAAAGAUAAGAACAAAAAGGGUGAAAAAGCAUACAAAGUACGAAGUGGAUCGCAAAGAUAUCCAUUCUCAGUAUCCGUACAAAGAAAGGGGACCCAUUACGCAACCGGAGCCCUAAUAGAGAAGAAAUGGGUGCUCACCGUCGCGGGAGAAUUUUAUAAUGUAAGGGAAUCGAUAAAAUUCUUCAGGGUGAGAUUAGGUACGGUGAAUUGUAAGAAAGGAGGUGCGUUAUUACCUAUCAAGGGUGUAGAGAUUCACCCAGCUUAUUCCUACAAGAAGCCAACGUACGAUGUCGCGUUACUCCGUCUAGCAGUUCCAGCUGAAUAUAACGAGGCUUUGAAAGCGAUUCCUUUGAGUAGAAUCAAGGGGAAAGUUCUGAGCGCAAAAUUCCUGGCAACCUAUUGGCCACGGUUAAUUGUGAGAGGGCAAGUGCUCCCAUCAUCAGCGCAAGAGCGCGUCCAACCCAAUAGCAUGCGGGUGUCCACACAAAAGAUGAUACCUUGGAGCUGGUGUCAGAGUCUCAUGUCCACGUUGAACCAUACCCUGGAUGAGUCCAGUCUAUGUCUAGAUCCUAUCAUGUCACAUCACAGUUUGUGCCUGCCUGACGCGGGGGCGCCAGUGACCGCUGACGAUGGACUGUGGGGUAUCACAUCAGGUUGGACAUCAGACAACUGUCUCGGCAACCCCAGCCCUACUAUCUUCACGCGGGUCUCCUCGCCAGUCGUGCGGGCCUGGCUAGACUCUCAACUGACCGACGUUUGAUAAUCUACUAGUAUUUCGAGAACAUUCUAUGGGCUACAAUUUAAAGGGAUUUUGUUUGUCAAUUGUCAAAUAAUUCGAGUAUUUAAACUAUUAAUUUAAAUAAGAAAUUAUAGUUUACUUGAUACUGUGAUCACAAAGUACCUACCAAUGUAAAAUACCUACAAAGAAGUGAUUUACUGAAACCUUUGAUCAACAAAUAAUGUUAUUAUAGUUUGUCUAAAUAAGAUAGAUUAGUUUGAUA